CACACACCAGGCCUUUUGUCAGAGCGUGCUCCUGAGAAGAGCUGACAUCACAGCCUGUGCUAGGAGGGAAGAGGACCGAGGCACGUGGUGUAGACUGAGUUAGCAACACAGAGGAACACUGACAACAUCAAGAUGAGAGUCAACAGUGUGAAGCUUGCUGUGGUUGUACUUGGUGUUUUUGGAUGGUCUAUGACACUCUCUUCUGCCACUCAAGUGGGUCUGAGCGACAAAGUCCUGGUCUUCCCUUAUGAGACCGACUUCAGCUUCGUGGCCCUGAUCCCUCAGAAGGAGAUGGGACUGAAGGCCUUCACUCUCUGCAUGCGCGUGGCCACCGAGCUCCCAGAGGAGCGACAGAUCAUCCUGUUCGCCUACCGCACGGCCGACUACGACGAGCUCAACGUGUGGCGCGAGAAGGACGGCCGAGUCUCCUUCUACAUGAGCGGUGACGGGACCUUGUUCCACCUGCCACCCCUCACCACCUUCCGCACCAGCCUCUGCCUCACCUGGGAGUCCCGCACCGGCCUCUCUGCCUUCUGGGUUGAAGGUAAACGCAGUACCUACCAGGUGUACAAACCAGGGCACACCAUCCGUCCAAAGGGCACCGUCCUCCUGGGGCAGGACCCAGACAAACACCUGGGGGGUUUGGAGGCCGUGCAGAGUUUCGUCGGAGAGGUGACAGAUCUGAACAUGUGGGACUUUGUGCUCUCUAGGAGCAUGAUCCAGGCCUGGCACUACGGCCACAAAGUCCCCAAGGGCAACAUCUUCGACUGGGCCACCAUGGAGUACGAGCUGAGCGGGAACGUGAUGGUGGUGGACGAUGACUGACUGGAGGUGGAGUCUAAUGGGAAGAGGGACGAGGCCUUAGAGAUCUGUGUUGGACUGAUACUCAUCUGUGUCAUAGUCCUGCUUAGAUUUAGUGUUGUUUUAUGUUAAAGUACACAGAUCUCUUGUUUACUGUUACACCAAGAGAGAGAGAGAAAAAGGUAAAGAAAUUUUAAAAAGAAACUCUAUUUUAUUUAAAAUGCCCUUCCAACUCUUGGAGUUGUUGUACAUUUUAACUUCUUGAAUAUUUUCUCUGAUUUUGUUGGGAUUAACUGGUAAAUACUGAAUAGAAAAGUUACCAGAUGUAUCCACUGGGAGGCACUCUAGUUCACAUCAAACAGACACUUGAAGCAGUAACAUAUCUGCAUCAUUCUAAGGGAUUUGGCAUCGCUUUGUAAAAGGAUGUAAUAAUAAUAAUCAAUAUUUUAUCAAAAUCUAUGAAUCUAUGGGAUGGAGAUCAAGCAGAUAUAAAAAUGGUAAAUAAGUAACAUGAUGUAUUUAAGAGCACAGCUUGAGAAGCUUU